AUGGAUGCAAACGCUAAACAGCACUAUCUGGCAGAUUCGCCGCCUACGGUGGUCAGGCUUGAGAUCAAGCCGCAUUUUGAGGCUCUGAAGGACGAGAAGCUCAAGAGAUAUGCGCAUUUCAUGAGCAGAGCUGCCUUUGAAGGCACCCGGAUUACGUUGCGCCAAGUGUCGCCCGAAUCGGAGCCCAUCUACGAUCUGAUCAUUUCCCUCUACAAGGCAUCGAAUGGCGACUGGGAAGGUCUUGCCAAGAAGACUGGAGUCAGCGCGGAGGACUUGCGCUUCUUCCUCGAGUAUGCAGCUCAAUUCCUGGGUAACAAUGGCAAUUACAAGGGAUUUGGUGACUCCAAAUUCAUCCCGAGGAUCAGUCCCGAAGCGUUCAAGGCGCUAGCCUCCGUCACGCCUGAAACACAAGCUGCCUUUGAGAAGGCAAGUACUACAGGCGGUGGGAUCUAUGAGACAAGCGACCCUGCCCUGAUGCAUCUGGGCUAUCCACAGAAGGGCCACUUGACGACUUACUACCCUGACUCACCGUCCAUCACCAAGGACGAGAUUACGGCGGUUGGCGAUUUUCUGGAGAAGAAGGGGUUACCGCUGGAGAAUACAAGGCUGAGGAAGACAUCCAGCGGUGAUUUCGAGCUUCUAAUCGCCUCCGCUGUAUCCUCGCCGCCUCCUCAGGACCGAGAUCUUGGAGAUGCUGAUUCGUGGGAACUGGAUGGAAUUCUCAAGGGGAAACGGUUGACUCUGGUCUUCGGAGAUUAUUCGAAUGAGAUGGCAAAGAUUGCCCAUAACAUCAAGCAGGCCCAACUCAAUGCUGCAAAUGACACCCAGAAGCAGAUGCUGGAGCAAUAUGCGAAAUCUUUUAGCACAGGAUCGAUUGAGGCUUUCAAGGAGAGUCAGAGAUUGUGGGUCAAGGACCAGAAACCGGCGGUUGAAACGAACCUUGGUUUCGUUGAAACAUACAGAGAUCCGCACGGAGUACGAGGGGAAUGGGAGGGAAUGGUGAGCAUGGUCAAUCUGGCGCGUACGAGGACAUUCAGCGAGCUAGUGGCCAAAGCGGAGGGCUACAUUUCCAGGCUGCCGUGGGGCAAGGACUUUGAAAAGGACAAAUUUCUCAGUCCGGACUUUACUUCCCUGGAGGUCUUGACCUUUGCCGGGUCUGGCAUCCCAGCGGGCAUCAAUAUCCCGAACUACGACGAUAUUCGUCAGAAUCUCGGCUUUAAGAAUGUCUCUCUUGGCAAUGUCCUCAGUGCCAAAGCUCCGAACGAGCCGGUCCCUUUCAUUGCCGAAAAGGACCUCAAGUUGUAUCGGGACUAUCGCGACGCCGCUUUUGAGGUGCAGGUGGGACUCCAUGAGCUCCUCGGCCAUGGAACGGGCAAGCUUCUCCAGGAGACCGCCCCGGGUGAAUUCAACUUCGACGUAUCGAAUCCACCUAUCAGCCCUCUGACCAACAAGCCCAUCACCACGUGGUACAAACCGGGCCAAACGUGGAGUUCGGUGUUUGGGUCGAUCGCGUCGUCGUAUGAGGAGUGUCGUGCCGAAUGCGUGGCUAUGGCCUUGAGUUGUGACUUUGAUAUCCUGAAGAUCUUUGGUUUCGGCGAUGGCACCACGGACCUUUACAACGAAGCCGGAGAUGUCUUGUACGUCUCCUACCUGCAGAUGGCGCGGGCAGGAGUCGUUGCCCUGGAGUUCUGGGACCCGAAGAGCCGAAAAUGGGGACAAGCACACAUGCAGGCGCGCUUCAGCAUCCUUCGAGCCUUCCUCGACGCCGGUGACGACUUUGUCAAAUUGGUGCACACCAAGGAGGACCUGUCGGAUCUGGAGAUCCACCUGGACCGGUCCAAGAUCCUCACACACGGGCGACCCGCGGUGGAAAAGUACCUGCAGAAGCUGCACAUCUACAAGUCGACGGCGGAUGUUGCCGCGGGCACGAAGCUCUAUGACGAGGUCACAUCGGUGGAUGACUGGUGGGGGACCAAGGCAACUUCUAGACGCUCGGCGGCCACCCGUGACAACCAGCCCAGUGCCGCAACGCCUCUAAGCGCCCUCCCCAUCUCCAUCUCCGUCUCCGUCACCUUAGCAGCUAGUCAUCUCUUGUCUGCUCGCCGCAUUCGUGAUUUGCCAGGCACGCCUGCCACGGCGCUGCCUACUCAUCAGUCCGCUCCCACCGUGGAGGACGAGUCUUACAUCGCCCCUCCGCCGCUUUCUCCUGUCUCUGAGGCGUCGUCCUCCUCAUAUCACGCCCCGUCCACUCAUCCUCCGCCCUUCUCCUCGCUCUAUUCCGAUCCCGAUCUAGAGCUCAGCCGGACUAAGGCUGCAGUGACCGACACUUCCUGUCUCUCGCUUCCAACGUUCGCACCUCCGCCACCUCCUUUAGACGAGCCUCCAGAAUCGACGCAAGAAUCGUCCGUUGUUGCGGAUACCAAAGCCGCCCUUGACGCAGACAAGAAAGGCGAGUCGUCGGGAAAGGGGUCAGACGAUCGAGAGCCGCCGCCUCCUUACACCGAAGGGUCCAGUCCACUCGAGUCCUUCACGUACAUCAUGGCUGCAGCAGGAGGCGCGGCAAGCAUUAUUACCCAGGUUCAGCAGAGUGGCGGUCCGCCAAUUAACACUUUAGGAGGUAAUGACAGCGUCUCCAUGAGCUGGCAAGGUGGUCGCGUUCAAAUUCUGACCGUGUAUGACCCCAACUCUCUCCAGUACAUGUUGGAUUUUUUCCGCACCGUCGCACAGUCUAUCCCAUCCUCCUCGCCUUCGCCAUCAGGUUCACCAGAGAUAGAUGCCGGUGACUCGAUGCAAGGCUCCACCAGGGAGAUGUUGCAGGAUCGGGCAGGGAUUAUUGUCCUGCGGGAGGACCUGGAUUUUUAUGUCAUCCCACCCCGGCCAGACAUCGAGCACCAAGAGAUGCUCGAAAUUAAACGCGCUGCGGCGCGAAUACUGUUGAGCCAGGACGGGAUUUUUUCUGGGCUCAAGAAAAGUGAUGAACCGGGGAGUACCGAGCAACAUCUUAUCGAGAUGCUGACGGCUGGGGGGUUCAAUCAUGACGACCGCUGGGGUCACCGCGCCCCAGAACCUAACAAAGCCGUCAUUUGCAGCCUGGCACUUGCAAGGCUCCGGACCGACAUCAAAGGCGAUAUUGGAAACAAUGCUUCCGUUGGAAUGGCUCAGAAACUCCUCCUGUUCUGGAGGAAGCCAGCCAGGCGUUGUUGGUGGGAAGGCGUCGAGCUGGAAAACGUCCCUGGAGUUCAGGGGAAGUUGAAAGUGUGGAUUCGGAGAGUUUGGACUCUAGAAAUGGUAUGUCUCCUUCGUAAAUUGCUAGUCCGACUUGGCACUGAUAUGUCCUGCCCAUUAGAGCGUCAUUGGACUGCGAUAGUCCUGCGGAAGAGUUCGUAA